ACUAUAUAUAUAGCUUCUAUAUUUAUGCAUUUCCUGAAGAUAUAAUACAUAAAGAAAUUUCACCUUCAAAAGCUCUUUGAAAGAUAAACACAAGAAGAAAAGCAAUGGCCGUUCUCCCAAAGAAGGAAGUUAUUCUCUUGGUUUCUUUGCUGCUUUGCUUCCUAUUGGUUACUUCCCAGGCGAGAAGCAUGCCAAAGGAAAAGAGUAAUCGAAGUUCCAACAGAAAUGGAGGCGACAAAAUGAUAAGUGCACCAGCAAAAGAGGUGCCAAUUAGCAAAGAUCAGUUGGAAAUGAUGGAUUAUAGUCCAGCUAGAAAGAAGACUCCAAUUCAUAACUAGCUCAUCUAUAACAAAUGUAAGCAAAUUAAAGUUGUUAGAUGAGGAUUAUAUAUGUUGUUUUUUAGCAACAUAGAUUAUGGCUGGUUAAUUAGUGAAUUAGCUAGUUAGAAAAAGUUAAGUCAUAAAAGCCAUAGCUUAAUUAGAUUCAUGUGUAGAGGUCAACUGCGUUAUAUAGAACAAUAUUGUAUACCUUAGAUUUAGGGUUUUCAGAUACAUAUGUAAUUAAGAAAAAGAAAUAUAACGGAAGCUUUUGUUUGUUAAAAAGAUUUUCGUAUAUAUUCUAGCGUCACUUAAUUGGAGCAUGUACGUACAUCAAUUAGUGCUUAAAUGUUAAUUAAUUG